CUGUCUUGUCUCUAAGAACCUCCCUCUGGGUUUCCUCCGGCUUUAAGGAGCUGAUUGUUGUGAGCUGCAGACAGACUGAACUCUAGACCAGCUCCUCCAUCUUCUCAUCACCAUGAGGUUCGAGGAAAUCCUGGAUGAUGUCGGCGGCUUCUCCAAGUUCCAGUUCCUGCUCCUGUUCAUCCUGUGCAUCCCCCGGGCCAUCCUCCCGCUGCACUACCUCCUGCACAACUUCAUAUCUGCCACUCCUCAACACCGCUGCUCCCUGGGAAGUCUGGAGGAGAACGACGGGGGCGACUCCGGCCUCGGGGCCCCGCUCCAGGACGACGGCUCCUUCAGCUCCUGCAGGGUCUACGUCUACGAACCCUCCCUGACCUUUAACCUCAGUGAAGCCAACGAGACCGCACCUUGUCCUCAUGGAUGGAUCUACGACCAGUCGCAGUUCAGCUCCACCACGGCCAGUGAGUGGGACCUGGUGUGUGAUGACAAACAUCUGAAUCAAGCUCUAGCCACCUACUUCUUCCUCGGGGUCAUGUUUGGAUCCAUUCUGUUUGGACAGCUUUCUGACAAGUUUGGUCGUAAGUCCAUGUACCUCGUGGCUUUGAUCGCCUCCACCCUGCUGGGAGCCACCUCAGCCUUCUCCACCUCCUAUGUCAUGUUCGCCGUCUCCAGAGCCCUCUGUGGUGCAGCCCUCAGUGGACUGUCAAUCAUCAUUGGGGCCCUUGGUAUUGAGUGGACGGACGUGAAGCACCGGACAUUCUCUGGUACCAUCAUGGGUUUGACAUGGAGCUUGGGGAACAUGCUUCUGGCCGUUCUGGCCUACUUCAUACGGGACUGGAGGCACUUAAUGCUGGCGGUGACGGCGCCCUGCAUCGCUGCCAUCAUCUCCUGGUGGUGGCUGCCGGAGUCGGCGCGCUGGUUGUUGGCCAACAGCAGAAGGGACGAAGCCAGGAAGUAUCUGGUCCAGUGUGCUAAGAUGAACGGGAAGAAUGAAUACGCAUCUAGACUGGACUCUGAGUUUCUAAAAAAGGUGAAAUUACCGGAGGCUGAAAAGACCCACUCGUACCUGGACCUGGUCAGAACCCCUCAGCUGAGGAAGAUGACCCUGUGCUGUGGGUUAUUCUGGUUUGCUGUUGCCUUCCUGUACUACGGUAUCAGCUUCAGAAUCUCAGGCUUCGGCGUCAGUAUCUACCUCACGCAGUUCAUCUACGGCGCCAUCGAGACUCCUGCCAAAAUAGCCACGUACUUCAUCCUGGAUUCAGCAGGUCGCAGGAACGGCCAGGCCGGCUUUCUGAUCGCCACAGGGGCCCUGAUCGGAAUAAACACAGCCAUACCUCUAGAGUACACUGUGGUUCGUACGUGCGUCGCGGUGGUGGCGAAGGGUUUCUCUGAGGCAGCGUUCACCACAGCGUACCUUUACACGGCGGAGCUCUUCCCAACUGUGAUCAGGCAGUGUGGUUUAGGCUACGCUAACUGCAUCGGGCGGAUCGGGAGUUCCUUGGCUCCGUUGGUCAUGAUGCUGGAGGACACCUGGCUUCUCCUGCCCCCCCUCAUCUUCGCUGGGACGGGGUUAGUCAGCGGCUUCGUUGUCUUCGCCCUCCCAGAGACGCUCAACGUCCGUCUGCCUGAAAACGUGGCCGACGUCGAGGAGGGAAGACACAGGCAGAGUGACACAAGUGACGACGAAGCAAAGAUUGAGCUGCAGAAAAUAAACAGCCACGACUCAGCGGACAGAACAGAGACUGAACACUGAGUGUUGAGAGGAGUCUGCAGUGGAUCCACCGGUGCUUCCUCAUCUUCACGUACAUCCUCAGUGGUUUCAUUUAGACCUCAGAGGGAUUAGAACAGGAAUCCAGAACAUGUUCAGUCUCUAGUAAAGACGACGUUUAAAACCUUCAUCUGGCUGCUGCUGCUCUGACUGUUGAUCCUGAGGAGUUUUAUUGUCUGUUAAAACAAACCUGUCAUUUUAUAUUUACUCAGUGAAUUUAACUAAAUGCAUUAAACAGGGAACAGUAAAAAAAAAAAAAAAAAAA